AUGCUCGCGCGGGGUAGCGCCUGCGCACCGCUCUGGCCGGGGUGGGGUUUCGCGGCCGCUGAGGAAGGGAAAGUGACGACAUGGAGUUGUUGGGAGCGAAGGCAAUGUUCGUCAUUCUCUCUCUCCUCUUUACGGUGUCCGGCGGGAGCCAGGUCACCCUCCGACCGGCGGUGCGAGAUUGCUCAGAUUUUACAAAUACGUCUUGUGAACGGUGCUUGGAAAACGUCACUUGCCUGUGGUGUUUUGUUGAUCAACGUUGCAUGAAGUAUCCUGUUGAAACUAUAAUUCCUCCUCGUUCAAUAUGCCCUUUAGACCAAGCUCGUUGGGGAGUUUGCUGGGUGAACUUUGAAUGUUUGAUCAUUGCAAUGUCUGUGAUUGGAGGACUCAUUCUGCUGCCGUUGGUAUGUUGUUGCUGUUACUGCUGUUGCAAGAAGAAAGUAUGUUGCUGUUGCAAGAGAAAAUCCCAUGGUCAUGAUGAAGAGGAGGAGAGACUGGCCAAGCAGCGAGAGGAAAGAAAACAGUACAGGAAGAAAAGGGAUGCUCAUAAAAAAGCAGGCUAUGAAUUUUGCAAGAAAUAUGGUCUUCUUCAGAAUUCCGAUCACCUCUAUAGCAAGUUUGAAAAUGAAUAAACAAACCCAGCCUUCAACUGGGCCUUCAAGAGUGCCUGAGUAUCUGUUGCAACCCACUAUUCAAUCAAGCUGUCAAACAUAGCAGUUUAUCUUCACAUUAACAUUUAUUUUACAUUUAAAAUCAUAUCGAGCUGUUUUCAUAUCAUGGUUCUUCAGUAUUGACUUCUGCAUUUGUACUGUCAAAAGCCCUGAAAUUCUAUUGGACUGUUAUUAUAAGAAAAAUGUCAAAUUGUCUUUUCAAAGUUGCUAUAUCCCUUCUGAUUGCCAACUGUCAUGUGGCAAUUUGUACUUUUGUAUGGAAACUGAUACAGUUUAUAUUUUCAACAGUGUCAAUUAUGAUGAGAGGUCCUCCUAGCUGCUUACCUUAGAGAUUUCUUACUUGCACAGUAUUGUUAAAGAUAAUUAAAAUUAAUGCUGUAUUCGUUUUGUUUUGAUGUUGUGCAUUAUCUAAUUUUGACAUUAUACAAAUACCAGCCCUACUAUAUUCCCAAAAUGCUGGAUUUGAUUCACAUAGUUUAUUUCUAGUCUGAUAAAUGUUAUAAUGAAAUUUUUUUUGUUUCAAAAUAAAAGAUUCCAGGUGGAGUUGUGUUGGUUUCAAAGUCACACACUGUUUAGAAUAAUGAAUGUAGAGGCCGUUUCAGUCUACUGCAUAAAAUAAAAACAGAAGAUGCUGGAAAUACUCAGCAGAUCAGGAAGCAUCAGUGUGGAGUAAAACAAUGAGUGUUUCAGGUUUAAUGACCUUUCAUCAAACUUAAUCCGCAUUAUUGUACCUUAUUUUGUAUUAUGCACGUUGCAAUACCUUGUUUCCAAAGAGAUCACUAAUAGAUGCUGAACUUUAACUUGAACUAGUAGAAAGUUUUGAAAACACAGUUUAUUCUGGUAAUUGUCAAAUAAUAAAUUUAGUUGCAUAUUGUAUUGCUGUGGUCAAAAACAAAUGUUAUUUGGGUGAUACUAUUUGCAUAAUGGGAUAAAUGUCACCUUUAAAAUACCAGUCUUAAAUGACAAAGCUUCAAAACAAUUCAGACUUGUAAUGUUUAUGCUGGGCAGAAUCUCUGCAUAUUGGUAGAUCACAUUCUGAUAUACUUUAAAUCACUGUGAUAUUCAGUUACAAGAAUGAGAAAAAUUGUUGUAAUUUACAAUGUAUUUUUUGUACAAAUGAAAUUGAUAAACAGAUUUGAUUGCUUUUAGAAUAGAGAUAUUUCCCAAUAAAUGCCAAAGGGAGUGAGAAAUUUCAUCUGUUCCCCAACAUUGUAUUUUCUAAAUAUUUUCAAUGAAUUGUAAUUGUUUUGUGUAUUACUUCCCACUCAAUUUAAUAAAUAUAAAUUGUUUAUGUAAAA